AUGAAGGUUCCUUUCCUCAAAAAGGCUGACAAUGGCGGGGUCGGGUCCUCGUCGCCGACUGAUCUGUCGGGAGAUUCGUCUGCUGCUGAUCGAGAGAAGAGAACUUCUUCUAUGGAUGACAGACACGUUCCUUGGGUGACGUGGCGGUCUGUACUUCUUGGUGCUUUUGUUUCCAUUGGUGGUAUCAUUUUUGGAUAUGAUACUGGUCAGAUUUCAGGAUUUUUGGAGAUGAAGAAUUAUCAGCAGCGGUUUGCUCAGCUUCAACCUGAUGGAACUUAUAAGUUUAGUAACGUUCGAUCGGGGUUGCUUGUUUCUCUGCUCUCUAUCGGUACUUUGAUCGGAGCUUUACUCGCUGGUCCAUUGACAGACCGGAUUGGUCGGAAGUGGUCGAUCUUCUUCUGGUGUAUCAUUCUUCAUGUCGGAUUGAUUAUCCAGAUCUCUUCGCCGUCGGGUAAAUGGUAUCAGAUGAUGAUGGGACGGUUCAUCACUGGAUUCGGCGUAGGUGCAUGCUCACUCCUGGUGCCUAUGUAUCAGGGUGAGAUUGCACCAAGACAUAUCCGAGGUGCCAUGGUGUGUUGCUACCAGUUGUUCGUGACACUGGGUAUCUUCGUCGCGUACUGUAUCAAUUUCGGAACGGAGAAAAUGGACAACUCGGCAUCAUGGAGAAUUCCUCUUGGUAUCACAUUCUUCUGGGGUCUUGUCUUGGGAAUUGGCAUUCUGUUCUUCCCCGAGAGUCCCCGAUUUGACUACCGAAAUGGUCGUACGGACCGGGCAAAGCGAACCAUGUCCAAGCUGUAUGGUGUGCCCGAGGAUCACAGAGUGAUCGUGGAAGAAAUUAUCGAGAUUCAGGACCAGCUGGAUGCCGAGACUGGAUCUAGAGGUGGAUGGCAUGGCUGGAUUGAAAUGUUCCAGGGUCCGCGAAUGAAAUAUCGUAUCAUUCUCGGUGUCGUUCUUCAGGCAUUGCAGCAGCUGACUGGUGCCAAUUACUUCUUCUACUAUGGUACGGUUAUCUUCAAUGGUGCCGGAAUCAGUAACACAUAUGUCACGCAGAUGAUCCUGGGAGGUGUCAACUUUGGCACAACCUUUGGUGGGUUGUAUGUGAUCGAACACUUUGGCCGACGCAAGUCGCUCAUGACAGGCGGAAUCUGGAUGUUCAUCUGCUUCAUGGUCUUUGCGUCCGUGGGCCACUUUUCUCUCGAUGUUCAAAACCCGCCGAACACUCCGGGUGCUGGUACGGCCAUGGUAGUAUUUGCAUGUCUGUUUAUCACUGGCUUUGCGAUGACCUGGGGACCGAUGGUGUGGGCUAUUGUUGCCGAGUUGUAUCCAUCACGGUACCGAGCACGGGCGAUGGCCAUGGCGACAGCCUCAAAUUGGCUUUGGAACUUUCUCAUUGGGUUCUUCACGCCUUUCAUCACAGCAGACAUUGAUUUUGCGUAUGGAUAUGUCUUUGCUGGUUGCCUGUUCUUUGCGGUGAUCAUUGUGUACUUCUUUGUUAUCGAGGGUAAGGGCAAGACUCUCGAAGAGAUGGAUAUGAUGUAUGUUAUGCGAGUGCCGCCAUGGCAGAGCAGCAAAUGGCAACCACCACCACCGCAUGAACGGCUUACCACCGAUCAGCUGGUGGAUCGGAAGGUGGCGAAGAAGUACAACAAAGAGGAGGAGAGUGCAGCAGGCAAGAAACAGGGAGAAGUUCCCGGCCAUGCGCAUGCUGAGAACACUGCAGAUGAUGCAGGGGCUGGACCAUCCAAUGCUUAA